AUUUCAUUCGCAUACUUAGCACUUCACUCUCAUUUUUAAUUCUCCAUUCGAUCGCUCUCUCUUUCAAGAAACUGAAACCUCACCCAUCUGCUGUGGGUAGGUGCUCCCUUCACUCUCUCUUUCACGUUUCGUUAUAGGUUUUCGUUUUCGGUUACGGUUUCGGUUUCGGUUUCUCUCCGAUCUUUCUCCGGCAACCGUUAUCUUCUUUCAUCUUUCUCUCUCUAGGUAAUCUCUCAAUCUUUCUUUCUUUUCAAUUUCUGCAUCGCGGGUUCUUUCAUUUAUGCACGUGAAUCGGAUUUGCAUGACCUCAAUUCAUGGGACACAAAAAGCGAAACUCCGCGCCUCGUUCCAAGAAUUCGCCGGCGGCUUCUCCGGUGUCUCAAUCUCCCAUCGGCGGAGCCGCCGCUAAAGGUUCCACUUCACCCGACUCCGAUGCCACCAACGUUUUCGAUCAGAAUCUUUCUAACCCUAGCAAGAACGAAUUGGUUCUUUUUCAAUCUGAGGGUUCUGAUUUCUCUGCGAUUAAGGUAGAAUGUGAGCGAGCCCUAACCACGUUUCGUCGUGGGAAUCACAAUAGGGCGAUGAAGCUCAUGAAGGAGUUGUGCUUGAAGGAGGAGGGUUCGCCUUACUCCGCUUUCGUUUAUCGAAUUCAUGGAUUUAUAUGUUUCAAGGUGGCUUCGAUUAUUACUGAUUGUAGCGCUAAGCAGCGGCAUUUGAAGCAUGCUGUUGAAUCGGCUAGGAGAGCUGUUGAGCUUUCGCCGAAUUCGAUUGAGUAUGCACAUUUCCAUGCCACUGUGAUAUUGGAAGCAGCGACUGAGGGGAAGGAUUAUGAGGAUGUGGUGCACGAGUGUGAGAGAGGGCUUGCUAUUGAAAACCCAAAUGAUCCUGCUAAGGAGACGUUGCAGGAUGAGAGCGAGCAGAAGGUGUCUAGUUUGGAAGACCGUAUAUUACAUGUGCAGGCUGAGUUGAGGCAGCUGAUUCAGAAGUCUAACAUAGCUUCGCUGUCGUCUUGGAUGAAAAAUCUGGGUAAUGGGGAAGACAGGUUUCGGUUGAUUCCUAUAAGGAGGGCUACGGAGGACCCUAUGGAGGUUAGGUUAGUUCAGGCUAGAAGGCCAAAUGAGAUUAAGAAGGUUACCAAGACGCCCGAGGAAAGAAGAAAAGAGAUUGAAGUUAGGGUAGCUGCUGCAAGACUGUUGCAGCAGAAGUCAGAGGCACCGCAGUCUCCGAAUGAAGGAGAAAGGGAUGACAGGGCAUUGGAUUUGUCUUCAGGGUCUAGUCAGAGGACAGGUGAGAGGCGUAGGCAUAUGAGAAAAAAUGGCUCUACAGCCGAAAGGAGAAAGUGGGUGCUAUCUUAUUGGGAUUCAGUGAGUAUGGAUGUGAAGAAGGACUGCCUUAGGAUUAAAAUAUCUGAUAUCAUCUCCCACUUUGGCUCUUCAAAGGAGACUCUGCCAAAAGAUGUUUUAUCAGAAGCUCUGUUUUAUGCCGAAGCCAAUAAAACAUGGAAAUUUUGGGUUUGUGGCAUUUGUGCUGAGAUCUUUUCCAAUCCGGAAGGUCAUAGGCAGCAUGUUAUGCAGGCACACCUUCAGACUCUCUCUCCAAAAAUGCAGAGAGUUUUGCCUCAACAUGUUGACAAUGAAUGGCUUGAGAUGAUUCUUAAUUUUUCCUGGAAGCCUUUGGAUGUCUCAGCUGCAGUUAAAAUGAUUGACUAUAAAGCAAAUCUCAAAAGUUCAUCUAUUCCAGAGGAUUAUCUUGCUCAGGGCUACAAUGACUGUUUUAAAGAUUCAACCAUCUCAUACCAUGGAAAGGAAAGUUUAGGAUACAGUUUUGGUAAUUGUACAACAGAAAGAAGCAAGUAUUAUAAAAUUGCUGAUAGUAAUGCCAGAGAAGGCAUUGCAGACCAACAGUUUAUGGCAAAUCCUGUUACUGAUUGUUGGCCAGUAUCUGAUGACAAGGAGCGUGCAAAACUUCUAGAGAAAAUCCAUGGAGUAUUUGAAAUACUUAUUAGACACAAAUGUAUUGCUGCUAGUCAUCUUCACAAGGUCAUACAAUUUAGUAUGGGUGAGAUCCAAGGUCUUGCUGCUGGUUCUGAACUUCUAAAACAUGAUGUAGACCAAACACCAAUGUGCAUAUGCUUUCUGGGAGCUUCACAACUUAAGAAAAUUCUCCAAUUUCUGCAGGAAAUGUCUCAUGCUUGUGGGUUGGGUAGAUAUGCUGAUAAAAGUAGUAGUCCCAAGAAUGAUUUGCAUGAUAUCAUCCAGAGUCCCGAGAUCAGAGAGAAAAUUGUUCUCAAUGGAGAUGCAUCAUGCCUUCUCCUGGAUGAGUCUCUACUUACACAAUUCACUCCUGGUACAGCCCAGGAGUCUGUUUUUGAGGACAUGGUCACCCCAAGUUCUCCUGAUGGAAUUUCAGACAGUAGUGGUGCUUUUCUGUCCUGGUUAUAUUCAAGUCGGUCUAUUGGGGAUCAAUUGUCUACAUGGAUUCGGACCAAAGAAGAUAAAAUAUGCCAAGGACAAGAAAUGGUCCGGACACUUGACAAGGAGUUUUAUCAAUUACAUAGUUUGUGUCAAAAGAAGUGUGACCGUUUAGCCUAUGAGGAAGCACUACAGACAAUUGAGGAUCUUUGUCUUGAAGAAGGUAAGAAGAGGGGGAAUGUGGGUGAAUUUGUGCAGCGAAGCUAUGAGUCUGUCUUAAAACGGCGGAGGGAAGAGAUUGCUGAGAGUGAAAAUGAAAUGGCGUAUACUGGAAAUAGGUUUGAGAUGGAAUGUAUAUCAAAUGUUUUGCAAGAAGCAGAAGCGAUGAAUGUUAAUAAUCAAUAUUGCUGUGAUGAAACUUAUCCUGGCGCGACUUCUCAGAUAUGUGACUUAGAAUCCGGUGAAAAUGAUGAAUGGAGAAUGAAGGACUGUUUGCAUCAAAUGGAUGGUUGUGUAGAAAUUGCUAUUCAGAAACUUAAAGAGCACGCAUCUAUAGAGAUUAGCAAAGUUGACGCUGAAAUAAUAAGAUGUGUUUCAGAGGUGCAGCAAUUGGAACUCAAGCUUGGACAUGUUUCUGCCAAUGAUUAUCGAGCAAUACUUGUGCCGCUGGUGAAGGUGUACCUAAAGGCACUUUUGGAAGAUUUGGCUGAGAAAUAUGCUAGGGAGAAAUCUGACGCAGCAGGUGAAGCAUUUUUGGCUGAACUUGCUCUUGAUUCCAAGAAGAUUGGCAAAGGGGGAAAUGAGAGCACUAGACAUGUGGAGAAGACAAAGGAUAAGAAGAAAAAUAAAGAUCACAGAAAAACAAGAGAUUUGAAGGCCACAAGUGGUUCUAUCCAUCCCUCGCUUCAGCCUACUACUCUAGAUUGCAGUUCUGAUCUAGUAUCACCUGAUAGUGACUUUCAAGAUCAUGAGGUUAUUUCCAUGGAUGAUGCUGAUUUGGAACACCACGAAGAGGAAUUUAGACGUAAAAUUGAACUUGAAGAGGAGGAAAAAAAGCUUGAAGAAACCUUGGAGCUUCAACGGAGGAUUGAAAACGAGGCCAAACAGAAGCACCUUGCUGAGCAACAGAAGAAAUUAUCAGGUACAUGUGUAGAGGAAGUGUCUGACAAACUUCAAGGUUGUCAAUUGAAGCCUGUUGUCGACGGCUCAGAUGUGCAAGAAUAUGGAAGACUACCUAUGCAGGAACAGUUGGGAAAGGAGAAUGGGAGCCCAAACAAUCUGGACGUCGUUACCGCAACAAAUGGUUCCAUGGCGCCAACUAAAUAUUUGGCUGAUUCAGCUCCCCCCAAAAUUAGUCUUUUGCAUAAACAAGCAGAUAUACUCAAUGGAACUGUUCCAGAGAAGGGUCUACCUUUGCCUGAUAGGCGUGCAGCAAAAAAACAUAAGCGGAGUAAGAAUUCGUCUAAAAUGGUUGAUGGAAAGUUGGAGUACAUUUCAUUGGAGGAAAAUGAGAAUAUUGAGGAUAAACAUACUGACUAUCACAUGAGAGAGCAGGCUAAGUUUCAUAACAGUCAAGAUGCCAAACAUUUGUUGGAAAACAAUGGAGUAAAGGUGAUGAAAGAAUUGCAAGUAGAAGAUGAGGAGGAGGAAAGAUUCCAAGCUGAUCUUAAAAUGGCUGUUCGCCAAAGCCUAGACACAUAUCAAGCACAUGGAAAUUUGCCUUUUGUUUCAAGUUUGAGGAUGCCACAGAGAUCUUCCUCACAGGUAGACCGUUCAGGUCUUGCACCUUUGGAAGAUUCAGCUAAAGACGUGAAUGGAGCUAGUUUACUUGGUACAGGACUGAUGAAUGAAGUGGGGGAAUAUAAUUGUUUCCUUAAUGUUAUUAUUCAGUCUUUGUGGCAUUUAAGCCGCUUUCGGGUGGAAUUUCUUGGCAAACCAGUAUCAGAGCAUGCUCAUGUCGGUAAUCCCUGUGUUGUCUGUGCCUUGUAUGAAAUAUUUACCGCUCUAGACCUUGCUUCAAAGGAUUCAAGGAGGGAAGCAGUUGCACCUACUUCCCUGCGGAUAGCUCUAAGCAACCUAUAUCCAGAGAGUAACUUCUUCCAGGAGGCUCAGAUGAAUGAUGCUUCCGAGGUACUGGGAGUAAUAUUUGACUGCCUUCAUCAAUCAUUUACCCGUGGUUCAGAUGUUUCUAAUGCAGAAUCAGUGGAAAGUAACUGCACAGGGUCUUGGGAUUGUGCAGCUGAUAGUUGUAUAGUACAUUCGCAUUUUGGAAUGAACAUUUUUGAACAGAUGAACUGCUACCAUUGUGGUCUUGAGUCCAGACGUUUGAAGUAUACUUCUUUCUUUCACAAUAUAAAUGCCAAUGCCCUUAGGACAAUGAAGGCUAUGUUUCCUGAGAGCUCUCUUGACAAGCUUUUGAAUCUUGUGGAGAGGAACCAUCAACUGGCUUGUGAUCUAGAGGCUGAGGGCUGUGGCAAGCUCAACCACAUUCAUCACUUUCUUUCAGCCCCGCCCCGUGUUUUUAUGACAGUUCUAGGUUGGCAAAAUACAUGUGAGAGUGUUGACGACAUAACUGCAACUUUGGCAGCCCUGAGCACCAAGAUAGAUAUCAGUGUCCUUUAUCGUGGUUUAAGUCCUAAAAGCACCCAUAACUUGGUUUCAGUGGUUUGCUACUAUGGCCAGCAUUAUCAUUGCUUUGCUUAUAGUCAUGACCACGGCCAUUGGAUUAUGUAUGAUGACCAGACUGUUAAAGUAAUUGGUGGAUGGGCUGAUGUUCUUACUAUGUGUGAGAGAGGACAUCUCCAGCCUCAGGUUCUCUUCUUUGAAGCUGUAAACUAGAUUUCUGGUGGAAUUCAUAACAUCAUUUGCUGGACCAAAGAGAGUUUAAUUUGACAAAUUUCUGGAGAGGCCCUGUUUAGGCUGAUGUGUUGCAUUACACAAAAGUGGUUUAUAAGUUGCAAGUUUCACUGAUGUCCAACAAGUUUUGGCGUACAUAUCUCGGGAUAUACAGUGUUUUAAAUUUUGUGAUACAGUUCAUGAUUUUAAUAGGAACAUAUUCUCAGGGGGUGGGGGGGAUGAUGACGAAUACAUUUAGUAUAACUGGAUGACUUGAAAGAAAGCCAAGAGUGGUGUUUGGCACUGAGCAUUGCCCAACACAGUUGGUUCAUUUUGAAAAUAUCAGAUUCAUUUUUUGUAUUCAUCCAAUAAGCAGGUUUUGGUAUUGUUAGAAGAACCUCAAGUUGACCAGCAAUCUGUAAGAAGAUCUUAGGCUGUUUUAGAUAUAAAAAAUAAUUGCCCAUUAUUGUUGGGUAACAUAUAGCAAUUUGUGUGAGGGGAAUUUGUUCUUCAGCUGUUGGGGAAAUUUCCCUUCCACCCCCUCCAACCCCCUAGCAGAAAAAAGAUGAUCUGUAUAGCUCUUACAGUUAGAUUUGUUCCAACGCCAGCUUGUUGCAACUAUGGUUUAGUAUCGGUUAAUGAUCUACUGGAUAACUUCUCCCCCUUUCAUGAUACCUGUGAUGGAAUCUGCUGCAUGGCUGACUUUGUGUCUACACAGCCAAUUAAAAGAUAAUUCCAUCCAUUGGAUUCACUACACUGUACCUUUUUGUUUACUUAUUUUUUGUUGUAGGGUGGGGUAGAGGAUAGGAUCUCCGUGAACUGAGUAUAAGUGAACUAAUGAUAGUAUGUUAUAGUUGCAGGUAUUAACCGGAUAUUUGUGAGUGAAAAGCUGAAAGUUUUUGGCACAAUUUUGUCCUACACUUUUUGGGAAUAGCGUAAAAUGAGAUGGAUUAUACUCUAUUCUUCUAUCUUCUAUAUAUCUUGAAUUUUGUUUUUUU